AGAGCCUCAACCCCAAGACUUGCGCUGCCCGCACAGGACGACCACACCGCAACCUUGACAAGCCAUAUCCCGCUUCUGAAUUGAUACUGCGAUACAGACGUCAGCUUCAAUAUGGGAACCGCAAAGAAAACCCGCAAGUUUGGUGCUGUCAAACGAAUCAUUGGGCAGAACGAUGCACGGCUGAAGAAGAACCAGAACAAAGGCGAGGAAGGGGCCAAGAAAGCAGACAAGGGCAGCGAGGUCGUGCGAGAAGUACCUCAAGUAUCCUCCGCGCUCUUCUUCCAAUACAACACUGCUCUCGUGCCUCCCUACAACAUCCUCAUCGAUACCAACUUCCUCUCCCACACGGUGCAGCGAAAACUGCCAUUACUCGAGACGUUGAUGGACACUCUGUAUGCCAAAUGUAUCCCCUGCAUCACGUCCUGCGUGAUGGCCGAGCUCGAGAAGCUAGGGCCGCGAUACCGGAUCGCGCUACGGAUCGCGCGCGACGAGCGCUGGGAGCGCAUCCGCUGCGAUCACAAGGGCACGUAUGCUGAUGACUGCAUUGUGGAUCGUGUUCAGAAGCACAAGAUCUACAUCGUUGCGACGAACGAUAGAGAGUUGAAGAGGAGGGUGAGGAAGGUGCCGGGUGUGCCUAUUUUGAGUGUUGCGAGGGGGAAGUAUGCGAUUGAAAGAUUGCCCGACGCGCCUGAGAAAUAG